GGCUCAUGUGGACUUCUCUGUCAACGUCGCGAAAACGGUGCGGCUCAGUGGUUUGUUUUGUUCUGUCAAAACAACGCUCCCCCGGCCACGUGACGCCCCUGACGUACAGCUCUGCGUUGCUCUGCUCUGAUGCAGGGGGGUUUCCAUCAUGGCGUCGAUGCAGAAAAGGCUACAAAAGGAACUGUUAGCCCUGCAAAAUGAUCCACCCCCAGGAAUGACACUCAAUGAAAAAAGUGUACAGAACACGAUCACACAGUGGAUUGUAGACAUGGAGGGAGCUCCUGGCACACUCUAUGAAGGAGAGAAAUUUCAGCUGCUUUUCAAAUUUAGUAGUCGAUAUCCUUUUGAUUCACCUCAGGUAAUGUUCACAGGAGAGAAUAUACCUGUCCACCCUCAUGUGUAUAGCAACGGUCACAUCUGUCUAUCUAUACUAACAGAAGAUUGGUCGCCAGCCCUCUCAGUGCAAUCAGUUUGUCUUAGCAUUAUCAGCAUGUUGUCCAGCUGCAAAGAAAAGAGACGACCGCCUGAUAACUCCUUUUACGUAAGAACGUGCAACAAAAAUCCAAAGAAGACAAAAUGGUGGUAUCAUGAUGAUACGUGUUAAUGUACAAACUUUGUAAUAAUCCUAGAAGAAAGAAGUCCUACUGACCUACAUAAAGCACUUUUAAAUCAUUCAGUCUUUGAACUCUGACCUUUGACUGGAAAAAUGGACAUCAUGCGCUGGAGACUCUUGACUGCAUUUCCCUGUGGGCAGUUGGAUGCAUGUUAUAGCCGGUUUGUAAUAUAGAAAAAGAAAAUAAAGGAAUGUUUAGAUGCACCCAAGAUGGAUCGUUUUGGCAAAAAAAGGUAGUAAUGCAGCGAGCAAGCAAGGUGGAGUUUUGGUGAGAUUAUUAUAAUUCCUGUUUUUAAAAUUAUUCAUGUUAAUUUUUUGUUUGUGUGUGGGUGCAUUUUUAAGGUCCUUGUGUUGUGCAAUAAUAAUGAUGGAUGCAUGCUUGGGCCUACAAAGAGAAAUCCAAAUCUAAUCAUUUUCUGGAAGGGAUCUGACCAUCGUAACUCCAAGAAAAUGCUUCAUUGGUUUUAUUUUGUUGUAUUUUUUUUCUUUAAUUAUAUGCACUGUGAAAGUAUCUGGCUAAAAAGGCACACCGAGUGCGUUAUCCUGACUUACAGUUGUACUGUAAGCAGCCCUCCACUUUGUAUUUCAGGUUAAAGAGUUUUAGUUUGUAACCUUUCUAUCAAAAGUAGAACCAAUUUCUUCUUCAUCUUCCAACUUGAAACCCGGUUGCAGUUCUUCCUGCUGUUGGACAGAAUGUCGGUACCGAUGAAAACAGAUAAAAUGGUAGACCUCUUCAGUUAGCUGACGACCUCAGUGUACAUCUCUUCAGAAGGAUGGGCUGAACUCGCAUACUGUCGAGUUGUCCAGCCUAGAGGAUGUGCAGUGGCCUCUUCCAUUUGAAGAAUGUCUGUAAGAGAACAUUGUGGCAUGAUCCACGUUUAUUUCUAUGAUCCUGCUUAUUUUUAUUUUUUUAAAUUAAUGCUUUAAUCUUCUAAAAUGUUUGAUUUUAAAUGUUGUCUUGUUCUUUUUGUACUUUUUUUUUCAACUCGCUGAUGCUUUGAAAAGGGGGGUGUUUUUGAUGGGUCAGUAAAGUUUUGGAAUAUUUUAUUUAUGUUAUUUAAUUUAAAUCUGUAUUUCGAUCUCCAGAAUGGUAGUGAAUGAUGAAAAGAGGAGUCUGUAUCGAAACCUUAAAGGCGAGGCUUUUGUGAUUCCCCCUGGUCAGAGUUUUGGCUCAGGUACUUUUUUCAAUAAAGAGAUCACCUCUAAAAAAGAUUCCUAUCAGAUAUUUUGAAUUUAACUAUAUUUUCACCAAAAGAGACUGUUACGUUGUAAAAUUAUAACAUGUCUGAAACUAUUGUAUAUAAGUCUGUAAAUUGUUGGAUGACGUGACAGAAAUUAGCAAUGGGUGCAUUUACUUAAUAGCAGAAUGACUAAAGGAGUGCUUUAUUACUUUGAAAGUUAGUCUGCAUCUUUUGCUAAUUAGGAUGUGUACAGUCAACAACAUACUGUUGGUAAAAAAAAAAAAAACAAAACAAAAAAAGUUCAGUAGUUUUACAGUGGGGGUGCAUGCAAUUUAAACCCUGCUUUUUCUUAUUGGCACCAGACAUUGUGACAUCCAUGAGUCUAUCCAUAACUUAGGUAAUGGUUUAUGGGAUGGUUUUUGCAAUUUUCACCUGCGGGGGCUGUGCAGCUCCAUCUCAUUUGAGACUGUAAUCACUCCAUUCCUAAAGAAAUGUUUAUCGCCAUCCAUUCGGAGAUACUUGAAUUUUCCAUCUUGGGUUGUUUGUAUUGCAUUUGCUUUUGUUUCCAGGGUCUAGCUGAGUUUCUUGAAUGAACUUGAGUGAAUGUGAUGAUAUACUGUAGAGGAGAUUACCACAGCACACUGCUAUCUCAAACCUAUAUUGAUAAGAUAGAGACAUCUAUUUAACCAAUGAUUUUUUUUUUUGUUUGCUUUUUUUGUAUUAGCUUCAUUGUAGUGGUCUCUGCUGUUGCCGUGCUGUGCAAAAUGACAGCAGGACUGAAAAAAAAAAUUGUGUAAUUGCAGUCAGAAUGGCAUUAGUGCGGGGACAAAAAGCCUUCACCCAAUGGACAGUACAUCAGUGGAGAUUUGAAAAAAAUAUGCGUGAAUAUGUGACAAAGGUCUGGAUGUGUCUCUUUUUUUUCUCCUGAUUUUUUUUUUUCCUUUUCAAUGUGGUUUGAACUCUUAGCUUGCAGGUUGUGAGUGAUCAACACUAAUGAGGGCGUGUUACUAUUUAUAUUUGAAAAAAAUUCUGGGAUGUGCAAGCUCCAUGUAAUAGGUGCCUGUUCAUUUUCAUAAUCAAUAAUAAAAGCAAAGAUUCACUUUUAA